CCUUCUACAGGACAUCCAAAUAGAAGUAAUUUUGUUAGAGGUAUGUAUCGUGUCCAAGAUAUAACACCAUACAUUCAUGUUUUAUGUAAUCAUGCCGCAGAGUUUCUUGAAAUCCAUCAUGAGUUUGGAUUGGCUGCAUUUUUAUGUUCACCAGUAGAAAAAAUGAACCAUAUGCAGGUGUGCCUUUAUUUUCAAAAUACAUUGAAAGAUGGGGGGAAUAAAAAUUCACUAAAAUCAGCUAUCUUAGAAAUGCUAGAGUAUGAAAAUCGGCAAUUAUAUUUUGCAUCAAAUAAAGUUCCUAAUUUUCUAAAAAAAUCCAAAAAAUAUAGGUUACAAUAAUAGGAUUUUAUUUGUUUGACAAUAAAAAAGAAAAAAAUUUUUUCGGGAUCAAGUAAUUUUUAUUAUGGGCAAUUGAACUAAUACUAUAUCUAUGUAAUUUUUUUUCAAUUGAUAAUAGUUCAUUCCAUCGUUAUCAUAAUAAAAACCUAAUUACAUAAGUUUAUAAAAUUUUCUUUAAAUUUGACAUUGGUCUAAAAAAAAAUGAAAUUGAGCUAAA